UAAAACAAAUAGGUGAAGCCAUCCUGGGUUACUCCACCGGUAUUCGUCUCCCAAGCGUCCGGCGAUUCGUUGGGUCUGUCGAGAGAUACCGCUGAGGAAGGGAGCUAAAGAAUCAGUUGAUCAUGGCGGUUAGCGGCGGGAGGCAGAGGGUAGCAUCCCUGCUACCAUAUGUAGUAAAAACCCUCCGGAAGGAAUCCCUAACUCCUGCAAAUCAAACCCUCCCUUCUCUCAGGCGCAUGUUUUCCCUAUACGACCAGAUAAAUAUCAUCGACAACGUCCCGGAAGAUCAACUCCGAUUUGAAGGGUACUCUGACACAGGUUUCACAAUUAAUAAGAUUAAAUAUGAGGGAAGCUUGCUAAUUGUUGAGAACAAAAUCAUGUCCUGGGCACCGAAAAGAUUUUCGGAUAUCAAUGCAGAAAGCUUAUCCAUUUUCAAGAUCCUGAGGCCUGUUCCAGAGAUUCUCAUUCUCGGCUGCGGAAGGCAUAUUGAACCUGUAAAUCCAGAGCUUCCAAAAUUUCUUCGAUCUAUAGGCAUGAAACUGGAAGCUAUUGACUCGAGAAAUGCAGCUUCCACAUAUAAUAUAUUAAAUGAAGAAGGAAGAAUGGUUGCUGCAGCACUUCUGCCUUUUGGAGUUUCUUCAUAAUUUCUGCGCGCCUGAUAAGCCUCUUUCAUUUAAUAUAUACUACAUGAAAUCCAUAUGGCUUGGUUCAUUCAUAUCAAGCAAGAAUCUUCAUUCCUGUAUACAGUUCCAGCUACAUGUAUUUGCCUGUCUAAAUUUACUGAUGAUAUUUUAUGUAAUUUGAGAAUUGUGUGGAGUUUUGUAGAAAUUGCUGGUAGUCUCAGUAGCUUUAACUUAACUAUUUCCAAUGUAAGAA